GAGGCAGAGCUGCUGCGUCCCUGCUGGAGAAGGAGCGAGGCUGUGCCCUGCGCAUCCGUGCGGCAUCAUGACUCUCCAGGCUGACUUUGAUGGUGCUGCAGAAGAUGUAAAAAAAUUAAAAACAAGACCAACUGAUGAAGAGCUGAAGGAACUGUAUGGAUUCUACAAACAGGCUACUGUUGGAGACAUUAACAUCGAAUGUCCAGGGAUGCUAGAUUUGAAAGGCAAAGCCAAGUGGGAGGCAUGGAACCUGAAAAAAGGUUUAUCAAAGGAGGAUGCCAUGAAUGCCUAUAUCUCUAAAGCAAAAGCAAUGGUAGAAAAAUAUGGGAUCUAGAACACUCAAAAUAAUUCCCACUAACAUAUAACUCAUUAGAAGCUAAUGAACUAACUCUUGAUAAAAAAUGCCAUGCUAGCUCCUCAUUGUGUAGUCUGACAGUAAAACCAUUUAAGCAUAAGCUGUUUGACUGUAAAGGGCAUCUACACACACAUACUCUAUA